AUGCCUCCACGGAAAGCCCGCACCUCUGCUUGCCCAUGCGACGCCAACGGCCGCUUUCUAUCAUCGUCCUACAUAGCCACUUCAUCAGUCGCUUCUGCCACUCCGCAUCCCUCACCCCCAAACUCACCAACAGUCCCACCCACUCGGCCUUUGUCCCCAGUACUGGACAUGGCAGGUGACACAGGCAACCAGGAGCCCAAUCCCUUGGAGAUGCGGGUCAUAGGAUUGGAAUCGAGUGUGAACGAGAUCCUUGAUCUCCUUCGCAAAGCAGUGAGAAACCCUCCUCCCCCCCUCCUCCCCCUGUCCCUCCUGUCCCAGCGGUUCCAGCUGCCCUGGUCGCGCCACUCGUUCAAGGGCCCCCCCCCUUUGAUCCCUUAUGUGCCUCCUCCUACAGCCAACACCUCUAUCGGUAUGUUAUCAAUUCCUGACUUCUUUCCUGAUGUCGAUGCUGCAAUCGUGGUAUCUAUUGGCAAGCACGAGUUCAAGCCGCAGCAGCUUGGCAAACUCAUUCCCAGCGUCACUGCGAAGGCAACCACCACAAUGUAUGCUCUUGAGGACGGCACAUUACGUGCAAUGGACAUGGCCCCCAUCAAGGACCUCCCAGACUUCUCCACCUUCAUGUGCACCUUGGGCGUGUAUUUUCAAAUCCUUUACUGCUACGCCGGGACGCCUGGCAGCAUCCAAGCAGUGACCGAUGUUGCCAUCUCCACCCAGGCAUACACCAACCUCCUCCACGAAUAUUCUCAUUACUUCAGCUACCCUGCCAUCCUCACCUACCACAUCACUCACCACUCCUGCCGCAUCAGGGAGAUGAUCAGGGGUGAUUACUCCUUAUGA